UUGAUACAGGUCAGCCACUCUGACAGAAAUGGGCUGGUCAUGGAUAGUAGCUUUCCCGUCUUGCUGUCCCUCCCGCGUUUUCUCUUCUUUCUUUUAUCUGUUAUUUUUUGACAGCUUUUGCCUUUCGACACACUUGGCGUCUUGGACGUAGCUAAUCCUGGGUGUGAGCACAGGAUGUUGGAGCCCUGCGAGCCUGUCAGCCCUCGGGGUUGGGCAAGCUCAUCCCACGUAGUUUGGGGGAAAUGUUUUCAGCCGAUAGAGGGAGGCAAUUAAGAAAGACGAACGAACUAAAACGGGGAAGGGCCCGGGGGUACGACGCUACGGGAAAAGAAGGGCUCGACACCCGUCCGCGUCGACCGAGCCAGCCCACAGCCCAAAGUAGGGGUACAUUGCCCUCCUCUCCGCCCUCGCUCCUGUUUAAGAUGGCACGCCCGCACCUCCGCUUUUCCAUAUCAAUGCUGGGGGAGGCAUGCUAGUCGUAUGCACGCAACUGCAACGAGCCCACACACCCACACACCCGGCCCCGUUUUUGGUAGGACGACACAUGCACCCGGGGGCUGGAGGUAUAAAUAUAUUGAGAAAGCAUCCCGCCCGCACCCGGCCGCUUGGUCUCGUCCCAGCCCAGCUCCGCCCGCCGCGUGUGACGAGUCCCAGUCCCGUCCCCACGUCGACCCUGCCUGCAGUCGAGUUGUGAUCGACGACGCGGGCCAGACAGACACAGCGUCUGACGCCGUCCACGACAACGCCUCCGUUCCUUUGUCCUCCCCCGAAAACGACACGGGCGAUUCGGUACUACAUCCUCCAUCUGUUGUUCCUCUGAUCUCGCUCACGCGACAAGUUCACCCUCACCAUGUCAUACUCGUGGAUAGGGGCGCCAGCCCAGUUUAAUGGCACCAAUGCCGACCUCGGCGGCGACUCGGCCACCGAGAACCUCAACCAGUGGUACCAGUCGGGCGACCAGGCCUACAUCCUGAUCGCGUCGGCCCUGGUGCUCAUCAUGAUCCCCGGCAUCGCCUUCCUCUACUCGGGCCUCGCUCGCAGAAAGUCGGCCCUGUCCAUGAUCUGGGUCGUCAUGAUGUCCUUCAGCGUCGUGAUUUUCCAGUGGUAUUUUUGGGGAUACUCGUUGGCCUUUAGCUCCAAGACCACCAAUGGCUUCAUCGGCGACCUGCACAACUUUGGCCUCAUGAACGUGCUCGGCAAGCCCUCCCAGGGCUCCGUGCUCAUCCCCGAGCUGCUCUACUCCUUUUACCAGAUGCAGUUCUGCGGCGUCACCGCCGCCCUCGUCGUCGGCGCCACCGCCGAGCGCGGCCGCGUCGUCCCCGCCAUGGUCUUCACCUUCUUCUGGGCCACCAUCGUCUACUGCCCCCUCGCCCACUGGGUCUGGAACGCCAACGGAUGGGCCUUCAAGUACGGCGUCCUCGACUACGCCGGCGGCGGGCCGGUCGAGAUCGGCUCCGGCAUGUCCGCGCUCGCCUACUCGUGGGUUCUGGGCCGCCGCAACGAGAAGAUGAUGCACAACUUCCGCCCGCACAACGUCUCCCUCAUCACCCUCGGCACCAUCCUGCUCUGGUUCGGCUGGCUGGGCUUCAACGGCGGCUCCGCCUUUGGCGCCAACCUUCGCGCGGCCGUGGCGUGCUGGAACACCUGUCUGACGGCCAUGUUUGCCGCCAUGACCUGGUGUCUGCUUGACUUCCGCCUGUCCCGCAAGUGGUCUCUUGUCGGCUGGUGCUCGGGCACCAUCUCGGGUCUUGUUGCCGCCACGCCCGCCUCGGGAUUCAUCCCUCCUUGGGCCAGCGUCCUACUUGGCGUCGUCACUGGCGUCUGCUGCAACUUUGGCACCAAGAUCAAGUUUCUACUCCGUAUCGACGACUCCCUCGACGUGUUCGCUGAGCACGGCAUUGGCGGCAUCGUCGGUCUCAUCUUCAACGGCUUCUUCGCGGCCGACUACAUCAUCGGACUCGACGGCGUCAACACGGGCGUUGUCACUGGAGGCUUCCUCAACCAGAACUACAAGCAACUCUACGUCCAGAUCGCCUUUAUCGUGGCCUCCUCAGUCUACGCCUUUGUCGUUUCUGCCGCUCUGGCCAAGAUCAUCGACCUGAUCCCCGGCCUCAAGCUUCGCGCCAGCGAAGAAGCUGAGCUGAUCGGCAUGGAUGAUGAUCAACACGGAGAAUUUUGCAUGGACUACGUGGAGUAUCGUCGGGAUGUGAUGGCUUGGACGCCUCCCGUGAAGGUGGACGGGGUUGCUGUGCCACAACUGGGCGUCGAGGGCCACCAAGCCCUCCACGACAGCAUUAUCAACGGCAAAAAGACUGAAGAUACCGCCCCUCAAAGCCCCCAGACUGAGAAGAGCUCCGUCAACAAGACCUCAGUGGAGCGUCCUGCUACUUGAUCUGCCGUCAUGAGUGCAGCGAGGAUACCAGCUUUUAAUUAAAUUUAUCAAUAGUUUUAGUUGCUUAGACCGGUAUCACCCAUGCCCGGAGAGGGCGGGCUCGGGGGCCACACGCGGCCUGGAGAAGGGUGGGUAGGGGGGCUCCUGGCAUUGGCGGAUCCGGGGGAUUGGGAGCGGAGGAACAGGCUUCGGUGAUCUGAUCGUGUAUAAUACCUGUAUGUUUUUGACUGCACCCUCUGGCAGGUAGAUUUCUUUCCUAUUGAUUCCCAUUACAAUGUUCCUUUCUAAUGGUUCGUGCC